AUGGAAAGUUUAAGAAUUACAGAUGAUUUAGAAAAUAUAGAUCCAAAUAUUAGAAUUGAAAAACAUAUUGAUAAUUUUGAAGAUACAAGAAUCUAUUUUAUGUUUUAUAUUUUCAAAUCACAAGAUUCUCCAAUUUUCAUUUGGGUAUCAGAUAGUCCAACCUUUUCAACAUUAUCAGUUUCAAUGAAAAUUCCAAUUGAAAAAUCACCAGUGACCUCUCAUUUAUUAGAAUCAAAUUCAAUAACAUCGAAUGAUUCUUCAAAUUCCCUAUCUCAAAGAAUUGUAAUCAAAUUUAAAGUUCAAACAUUCCUUAGUUAUAGCAUAUCACAAGAUAUUCCAGAAAUGAGCCAUUUUAUUGAAAAAACUAUUUUCGAUUUGUUAUCAAAAUAUCUUAAAAAAUAA